AUGCCCCCAACUCCAACAAUCCUCAUAAUCCCCGGCCUCUGGGAAGGUCCCACAGGCUUCGAUCCCAUCGCAGCCCUACUCACAGCCUCCAACCUCAAAACUGAAAUCGCCACUCUCCCAAGCACAGGCACUAUAUCUCCGGGCAACCCAAGUCUCAAAGACGAUGUCAUAGCAGUACGUGCCCAUAUUGACAAACUCGUCCAACAAGGUGAAGACAUCCUAUUGGUCCUCCACUCCGCAGGCGGAUUUAUCGGCUGCGAAGCAAUGGAGGGGCUUAGCAAGAAAGCCCGCGAAGAACGGGGACUCAGUGGGGGUGUUGUGGGGAUUGUGUUUGUAGCUGCUGCUGUCGUGGAGGAGGGGUAUGUGCAUCAGGCUUUGCCGUUUGCUGCUGAGGAGGGCGGAGCGUUGCAUUGUAUACAGCCGGAACGGACGCUUUUUAACGAUCUUGAUGAGGCAGGGAAAAGGAAGUGGUUGGGGGUGCUUAGGCCUCAGCCUGCCCAUGGUUGGCGGGGAACGACGACGUUUGCGGGUUGGAAGGAUGUGGAGAGUGUGUAUCUUGUUUGUGAGGAGGAUCAAAGUCUCCCGGUUUUCCUGCAGGAGGAGUUUGCUGGGUUAGCUGGAAGUAAGAUUGAAAGGUGCAGUGCAGGCCAUAUGCCGCAUUUGAGUCAGCCGAGCAGGGUUGUGGAAGUGAUCAAAGACGCGGUUGCCGCUUUUGCUUGA